CAACUAACGUCAUCAAUCAAAUCAUACAAAACAAGCGUCAUUGAUUCCAAUACAGCUCUCUCAUGUCACGUGUUUGCUUCUUUUUGCUUCCUCCCCCGUCUCAGAGAGGCAGACCUGUUCCUGCUGGAGUCUCGCCGGCUCUGGGCUGCUGAGGAGGGCUGGCUGGAGUUUGAGAUCACAGCCACCAGUAACCUGUGGGUGAUGAGCCCGGGACACAACCUGGGCCUGCAGAUCAGUGUGGAGACCAGCAGCGGGCGCAUGAUGGGCUCCAAGGAGGCGGGGCUUGUGGGCCGGGGCGAGGCGGUGGAGAAGCAGCCCUUCAUGGUGGCCUUCUUCAAGGUGAGCGAGCUGCACGUGCGCAGCCCGCGCUCCACGGGGGGAAAGCGGCGACAGCAGAACCGCAACCGCUCCAAUCAGCCCCCGGAGGGCUCCCGGGGCCCCAGCCCAGCAGACUACAACAGCAGCGACCAGAAGACGGCCUGCAGGAGACAUGAGCUCUACGUGAGCUUCAAGGAGCUGGGCUGGCAGGACUGGAUCAUUGCCCCAGAAGGGUAUGCCGCCAACUACUGUGAUGGAGAGUGUUCCUUCCCACUCAAUGCCCACAUGAACGCCACCAACCACGCCAUCGUGCAAACACUGGUUCACCUGAUGAACCCGGAGAACGUCCCAAAGCCGUGCUGCGCACCCACCAAGCUCCACGCCAUCUCCGUGCUCUACUUCGACGACAACUCCAACGUCAUCCUCAAGAAGUACAAGAACAUGGUGGUCCGGGCGUGUGGCUGCCACUGACCCCCUGACCCUGACCCUGACCCCCUUACAAAGCCUGGCAACCCCUCUGCCAAUUCUUCGCAGGCUGCACCUCUCGCAACAUCCCGAUCGGGAGACAAGUGACGUACAGGAGUUACUGUUCUACUCCAAAGUCCAUACCCCGCGUCUUGAAUUGCAAGUCUUUAUCGAUAUCAACUGAUUGGACAUGGAUAAAGAAAGGAAAAGAUGUGUGAUGCUAUAAUAAUAAUAAUAAUAAUAAUAUAAUAAUAAUGUCCCACCAUUGAGUCAUGUCGUCAAAUGACUCCAAUGAGCACAUUGUUUCCUGGUUCUGUAAGAGAGUGACUUGAUGGAUCCGGCUUACGUUCCUGUUUGUAAUCUGUUUAAAUGUGUGUAUGUGUGUGUGUUAGUGUGUGUAUGUAUGUGUGUGUGUGUGUGUGUGUGUGUGAGUGUGUAUGCGUGUGCACCCACUGUGCCUGAUAAGCUGACUAGCCCCUUUAGAGCGGGGGUCAAAGGGGAAGCUAUUAGGGGAACAGUCCACAGUGCUGCUUCUCUUGGGGGGGUUUCGGCUCUCAGCAGUCCCCUUGCGUAAUGGAUGAACAAUGUCCGGUAUAAGGUGUAUGAUUCUGUGGCGCAAUUCCACAACGCAGAAAGGCCAAAGUAGAGUUACUUAUAUGAACAGGCUAAAUGAAUGAAAGGAUGGAGAAGAUAAAGUUGACCGUACGUGACAGAUGACACACGUUUAUUAAUAAAAGGGGUCAACGAUGCUGGGUUUCAAAUUGUACAUCGCUACAUUUUGUUAUUCAGAAUCGUAAAAGAAUACAGUUCAUGCAGCAUCUGUAUUGCCCUGCCGCGUCCCACAGCUCCUGGCCUUGUUUUCUCUUCUCUAAGCCAUGUUUGCCUUCCUCAAAAUAUAAUAUGGACUCAACCAAAGUGACCGCAAGGCUAUUUUAGUUGUGGACUCCUCCAAAUAUCUGCCGGCCGUCAAUAUUUGCAGGGCCCGCGCCAAGCCCCAUCGCCGUGGCCCGGUUCUGGCCCGACCGGGAGCAUGUUGUGGCUCGACUCGUGUUUAUCCUCCAGAGGUCCGGAGGCUACGGCCUGACCCCACAACCCCCCCCCCCCACCCCACACACACACACACACACACACACAAACACACACACACACACACACACACACGGAUAUGCACACGCACACACACACAGACAUGCAGAAACACACGCACACGGACAUGCAGAAACACACAAACGAACACGGACACGCAGACACACACGGACACGCACACACCCAAACACAUACAUACACACGCAUACAAACACACACACAUGCACAAACACACACACACGCACACACACACACACACACACAAACGCACACAUGACACACACACCCGAAGGAUCAUUUCCUUGACACCACAGUUUCAAUGUUUAAACGAUUCCCCCCCACCAGACAACCCGUCAAGCGUAGGUCGGUGGAAAAACAUUAACUUGCUCCCCCCCCCGAAAGAAGCGCUGUUGGUACGUCUCUUUUGGUGCCAGUUUCUGCAACUAGUCUUUUUUUUACUUCCUUUCCUAUUUUUUCUCCCGACGUGGAUGGUCAAUUUUUGUUUGUUGUGAGAUUGUCAGGUUAUUUUCAUUUUAUUUUUUUACCAAAUGAACAUUGAACUGUGAGCUUGUCAGAGUAUACAAUCUUUGACCAAUAUGGAUUUUAAAUGGCAGGCGUGCUUUUAAGAAUGACUAAUAUAACAAAUCAAAAUACCUUUGUGCCUAACCAACCAAUCAGAAAAUGACAAAAUAUAUACCUCUGGUAAGCUGCUGUUUACAUUUGUGAUCAUGUUAAGACUGUUAUGUGUAAAUACUUGUACAUUCUUAGCUUAUUUAUUGCACCGCUUAUUAAAAAACGACAUACCAUGUUAGACAGAACAAUAAUGGAGAAAUAUUUUUGGAAAAAUACAUUUUAUUACGAAAUCUCAUGUUACAACUUGCCAUAUUCUUUUUUUUUUUUU